CCUCACUUGCGUUACGGUCAUACCAUCAAUAAUGUUGAUUUUCUGAUUGUUGAUUUUAAAAUUAAGAAAAGCUUGCGAUUGGCCAAAGAAAUUUUUUCGCCAUGAAGCUGCCGGUGAUUUGUCGCACGUGCGACUCCACGGACACCGACAACCUUCUAAAGCUUGCCACGCCCUCGAAAAAGUAUCCGGACAAGUUGCUUUCGGAGAUUUUGUGCGAGCUAACCGAAAUCAAUGUAAACAAACUGGAUGCGACUGGCAGUCAGAAACUUCCGCAAUGCUUGUGCAGCGGAUGCACCAAGAAAUUAAUGGGCGCCUAUUGCUAUGUGAAGCAGGCGCUGGCCGCCAACGAACUUCUAAUGAAGCAUCUAAAGAACGGAGGUGCUCCAUCGUCAACCGACUGCCUGCAGGAGGCGCCGAUGGAGCUGUGUGCCGAGCAGCAUGUGGAAGUCAAGCUGGAGACCGAGGAUGAGGACUGUGGCGAAAACGAUGUCACCAUCACUUGCUCCGAGCUACCGGAACCGGACGAGAUGGAUAUGGAGAGCAAAAAGUCCGUGGACCCUCUGACCAUGAUUGAGACUGUGAAACUGGAAAUGGAGCCGAGGAGCGUUGAGAAACCAGUGGAAGACGAUCCGUCAUCGGACUUUGAAGAUGAAGACUCCCUAGAUAAUUUGCCGCUGUAUAAUCGCAUUCAAAAGUGGAAAACAGGAAGGAAGACUGUAUAUAAAUGUCAGGACUGUCCGAGGAGUUUUAAACGAUUCGACUUUCUCAAACGCCAUGAAAUGCGCGUUCAUAAGCCAGAAACUCGAUUGUACGCCUGUUCACUUUGCAUUCGCAAGUUCAGCCGCAGCGAAGCCCUCGAAGCGCACCUGAAAGUUCACCGGAAUUCCAAACGAUCGGCGAACAUUAGCGAGCACAAGAAGGCAAAGGCCGUGGAUGUGAAUCUCUGCAAACCGCAUGGGUACAAGCUUAUUGAGUGCAUGAUUUGCCAGAGCCAAUACAACAAGAUUGCUGAUCUACGACGACAUUUGGAGGAGCACCCCGAUAUUAACAGUCUAUGUGGUCGACCAAAUAUGGAGCCCCAUGAGCUGGCGGAGCUGUUUUAUCCCGAUUCCAAGGACCUCAGUGAGGAGCAGGUAAUCAACUUGAUUCGCAAGGACCUGGCGGCGGGUAUCUAUCAGCGUUUCUAUUCGAUAACGAACCAAAGUGGCUACGAAAUGGAUCUGGACAGCUCGGAGACAGACAGCGAUCUGGACGGGGAUCCUGAUGACCAGCAAAAGAGGCGAAAAAAGUCGCGCAAAGCCACCUACAGCUGCGAACUGUGCCAGCAAAAGUUCCCGCGAAAAUAUCAGCUUUAUGACCACCAGCGACAGAGCCACAGUUGGUCAGACGCCCCUCAUGUUUGCGGGCGAUGUGAUGGACGUUUUGUUAGUCUGCAGCUGCUGCGGCACCACAACGAGUCGCAGUGUAGGAAUGCACAAAAACGAUUUCUCUGUCACAAAUGCCCGCUGCGCUUCCGCUGGAAACACAACCUGAAAACACACUUCCGCGAACACAGGAUAACAAAUCAAACAUUUGAAUGUUCCGAGUGCAAACGGGUAUUUGACAAAAAGAAAUCCCUCACCGUUCACCUGCUUAGCGUACAUGCGGAGGAAUCAAAGCUGAUACCCUGCCAGUGGUGCAGUCGCAAAUUCUAUCGGCACGACUACUUGGUCAAGCACCUGAAGCGCCACGGUUUGAAAGAGCAGGACAUUCCCUUGGCAGAAACAUUGAUUGCUGCCACCUCUCGGCCAAACGGUGCAAAGCGCAUUACCUGCCGCAUGUGCAAUCUGCAUUUCGAGCGUAUUGUUGAUCUGCGCGCCCAUAUCCAGUUGGAGCUCAAGCUAUCCCUGUCGCUACACCAGAGCUACGACUCUCCGCACAAUUACUCGAUAACAAACGAAUCUGGUUUUGAACUGCAGCUGGAGGAUUCGGAAACAGAGGACGAGAUGCAGUCCGGUGCUGGCAGUCGACCCGUCUAUAUCUGCGAGCUGUGCAGCGUGCAGUGCAAGCGGAAGUUCGAAAUGAUCCAGCAUCAGCGGACGAUGCAUCGCUUUGACAAAAUGCCACACGAAUGCGACGACUGCAUCUUUAAAUGUGUCUCCAAGAGCAUUAUGGACCAUCACCGGCAAGGCCAGUGUAGUAGUACAGAAAAGAAGCAUCCAUGCGCCAAGUGCUCCUACAAGUUUAUGUGGCCAGAGAACUUAGAGCAGCAUGUUCUUCUGCAGCACAGCAAGUCUUCCGUCGGCAAUCCAGCUGGCGUCAGACGCACGCCAGGAACCGGUGACCUGGAAAAGGAUGCCACUGAGGACGGAGUGCCGCUGCUACAGUGUCCGCACUGCGAUCGCACAUACCAGAUGAAGUCUCGCCUGAACAACCACAUUCGCGAUGUGCACAUUAACGGCGACCGCAAGCGCAAGGAAGCUAUCAAGCGCUUCCUCUGCUCCCUGUGCGGAAUGGAGACGAGAUCAGCUGCCGCCCUUGUCACACAUAUGCGACGCCACACUGGCGAGAAGCCCUUUAAGUGCGAUCUGUGCGAGAUGGCCUUUCCCCGCCACUCAGAGCUGGCCUCGCACCGCCGGAUGCACACCGGCGAGAAGCCAUUCCACUGCACCGUCUGCGGCAAGGACUUUGCACGCUCAGAUAAGCUCAAGCGCCAUAUGCUCACGCACAGCGGUUUAAAGCCGCACAAAUGCACAUACUGCGAGAAGAGCUACCGCCAGGCCAAGGACCUCAAGCUUCAUCUCCAGCAGCACACCGGAGAAUGUCCCUUUGUGUGCGGCACCUGCGGCGAGCGCUUCAUCCAGAGCAGCACGCUGGAGAAGCAUCGGUUGAUGCGGCGUCACUUCGACGAGGUGGAGACGUGGCUGAGGCGCCAAAAGUAAGGGACUCUUGCAAUAAAUACAAUUUGGUCUAGUAUAAAA